AUGUAUUUAACAACAAUAGAUAAAUUGACAAAAUACGCAACUGCAGAACUCUUAGAAGACAGAACUUGGAUCUCAAUAAUAAAAGCCUUAAAAUCACGAUUCAAAUACCUAGGAAAACCAGAAACAAUAGUUACAGAUAACGAAUUAGAUACACCUCUGCAACAUCAGCCGCAACAAUGUUGGCGACGUCAGCCACAGAACAAUGGGCGAGGUCAGCCAGUGGACGAAUGGCGUCGUCAACCACAGGACGCUCGGCGACGUCAGCCACAGAAUAAUCGGCGACGUCAGCCAGUGGACGAACGGCGACGUCAACCGCAGGACGAUCGGCGACGUCAGCCACAAAACAAUCGGCGACGUCAACCGCAGGACGAUCGGCGACGUCAGCCACAAAACAAUCGGCAACGUCAGCCAGUGGAGGAACGACGUCGGCAGGAAGAAGAGCGUCAACGGCAAGAGGAAGAGGACCGCCAACGUCGUCAAGAAGAGAAUAAAGAAAAACAAAAGAAAAAGAAACAAUUUUUCCAAUUGCGGCGUAAGCUGAAGAUGGUCCAAAAGGAAAAUGCCGAAUUAUUAAAGAAAAAUGUUUGA